AAAAAAAAAAAAAAAAAAAAAAAACUCUUUAAGCUGGGGUUUACCUUUUUUCUUCUUUAAUUAAUUUUGGACCAUUUGGUACUAUUUAUGUUCAUUCUUUAACUUUUUCUUUUUAUUGAUGUGGAAACUUCAUUGUAGGAACAUACAUAAUACUCCCAUGACCUAGUCAACCUCGUACGGACAUUACAUUAAUUUCACCAAAAUAAUUCUUUACUUUUUCUUUGCUACGAAGCUAGCUUUCUUGUUGGAUUGUUUCACACAUCACACCUCAGAUUUUCUAUAUUUACACAGAUCAUUUUUCAAAAGUUGUUUGACACAUUACAAUUACAAUUUUUUUUUUAAGGAGACCUUCGUUCGAUCUAUAUUAUUCAACAAUGGUGAAGUCUACUUGCCAAAAGAAUAAGAUGGAAGCCGCGGCAGCAAGAAGAACAAGCUUUCUAAACAUGGUGUUUUCUUGGUCUUUACGAGACGUGCUCAACAAAAAUCUUUACAAGGAUAAGAUAAAGAAGGUACCUGACACGUUCUCUUCAACUGAUCAUUAUCUCAGCUCAUUCAAACAUCUACUGAAAGAAGAGAUUCGAGCAGAGUUUUCUGCUGGUGUGGAAUCUAUAGCACAAUCCCCUGCAUGUGAGAUAUCAAAAGUCAGAAUUUCUAAGCAUCACAAACCCCCUAAAAGCUUAUACUAUGAGAUCAUGAAAAAAGAUAUAAGAGAAGUAGAGAAAAAUAGUGAACAUAAUUAUAUGCUACAAUCUGGUGAUCUUAUAGUUUUGACAGAUAUGAGGCCUCGAAGAAUGGAAGAUUUGAUCAGGGAAAAAGAUAAUCUGUUUCUUUUCGCCUUUGUUGCAUCAUCAAAUGUAGAUGAACCUUGGAUUCAGAUAUUUUCCUCAAAGGAGUUUGAGCCUAAGUUGACAACCAAGAAACAUGGAAGGUUUUUUGCUACUUUCUUGAUGAACAUGACUACUAGUUUUAGGAUAUGGAGUGCUUUGAAUCCUGAUCCUAAGAGCUCAAGUAUGGGUCUUAUUCAGAAGGUUCUGCAGUAUGACUCCACUGUGGAUGAUGAUUGCUCACUUUGUGUCAAUGAAAAACCCUUCAAUGUCAAAGGGUUGAAUGUGUUCGAUCUUAUAAGCACAUUGGGAUUAGAUGAGUCUCAACAAAAGGCUGUUCUGAACACCAUUUCCAUGAGAAAUUGCUCACAUCAGAGCAACAAUGUGAAGCUGAUUUGGGGGCCACCUGGGACAGGAAAAACAAAGACAGUUGCUUCAUCGUUGUUUGUACUACUCAAGCUAAAAUGCAGGACACUGACUUGUGCACCCACCAACAUAGCCGUGGUUCAAGUCGCUAACAGGCUCGUGAGGAUAUUCCUAGAGUCUAACGGUGAACUCGACACUUAUGGGUUAGGAGACAUAGUCCUGUUUGGGCAUGAAGAAAGGAUGAAGAUAAAUGAUCAUGAUGAGUUAAUGGAUGUGUUUCUUGAUUAUCGAAAGGAAGUUCUUGGUGAAUGUCUUGAACCACUUCAUGGUUGGAAGGGUACUCUUGAGUCCAUGAAAUCUUUUCUUGAAGAUCCCCAAACGCGGUACAAUGAUUACUUGCAACAACACGAAGUGGAAGAUGAGGAAAAUGGUAGUAAGAAAAGAAUUGAUGGAGUGAAGAAAAACAAAGUGAGUGAUAUGGUACUAAAGACCGAAGAUUUAAUGAUAUUUGAAGAGUUUUUCAAGAAAAGAUUCAGCGUUUUAGCUGAUCGUUUAGUGUAUUGUUUGAAGAAUAUGUAUACUCACCUGCCAACAACAUCCUUACCUCUAAAUGUGGCAAAACAGAUGAUUAGACUUGUUCAUGUGCUUAAGACUAUUACAAAUGCAAGGAAAAAGGUUUCUGAUCAUAAGAACUUGAUGAUGAAGAGGGAAGAAAUUCUCUGUAUCUUGAAUUAUCUAAGUGAUCAGUUCCCUAAGCUGAAAUUCAAAGGAAGUGUGCACGAAUUCUGCCUGUCAAAUGCAAGAUUACUGUUCUGCACUGCUUCUGCCUCUAUAAAAGUGAGUAAAAAUGUUGAAAUGGUUAUCAUAGAUGAAGCUGCACAGCUUAAGGAAUGUGAAUCAAUGAUUCCUUUACAAGUUCCUGGCCUUAAGAAUGCUGUUCUUAUAGGCGAUGACAGACAACUUCCGGCCAUGGUUCAGAGCAAGGCUUUGGGAGAUUUGAACUUUGGAAGGAGUCUGUUCCAGAGACUAGCGAAAAUAGGGAAAAAGAAGCACCUUCUCAACAUUCAGUACAGGAUGCAUCCUUCCAUAAGCUUAUUUCCAAACAAGGAGUUUUAUGAGAACAGGAUCAUAGAUGCACCAAAAGUUGAAGAAAUAAGCUAUUCUAGGAGCUUUCUAAAAGGGGCCAUGUACGGAUCUUAUUCUUUCAUCAAUGUAUCCAGAGGAAAGGAAGAUUUUGAAAAAGGACAUAGUCCGAGAAAUAUUGAGGAGGCGGUUGUGGUUGAUCACAUUGUUGCAAAGCUCUUCAAAGGACUAGAUUUCAAGAAACAGAAGUUGACAGUAGGAGUAAUAUCACCUUACAAAGGUCAAGUAUGUCUGAUUCAAGAAAAGAUUGGCAACAAGUAUGCUAAUUAUAAGGAAAACUUUGCUGUCAAUGUUCGUUCUGUUGAUGGAUUUCAAGGUGGUGAGGAAGAUGUUAUAAUCAUCUCCACAGUUCGAUGUAAUGGAAAUGGAUCAGUCGGUUUCCUGUCUAACCAUCAGAGAACUAAUGUUGCUCUAACAAGAGCAAGGUACUGUCUGUGGAUAGUAGGGAAUUGGACUACAUUAGCCAAAAGUGGAUCAGUUUGGAAGAAAGUUGCGAUUGAUGCCAAAACACGAGGGUGCUUCUAUGAUGCAGAUGAUGACUUACACUCUAAACAAGCUAAAACAGGAUCCUUAGCAAAGAUUAACCAAUUAUCAGUAUCUAAACCAGACUUUUUCGGUUCCCUAAACCUUGGGAAAGCAAAAUGGAAGGUUUUCUUUGCCGAUGCUUUCAAAUCCUCAAUAACUAGUAUAAGCAGCAAGAAGUGUCAGAACAAAGCGCAGAAAAAGCUGAAGAAAAUAGCUGAUGGAUGGCGGCUUCAGUCCAACACUAAGGAAGCAGAGAAGUGUGUUGCUACUUGUGGCAUCGCGCCUGAAUUAUUGGAGCUGUACAAGGUUAAAGAACAGUUAUAUCUCGUUUGGAGUGUUGACAUCAUACAGGAGGAAUCCAAGUACACUCAAGCUAUCAAAGUUUGGGACGUUUUACCAGCUUCCAAGAUUCCAAAACUAGCCAAGGAACUUGAUAUACUGUUUAGCAAAUAUACAUCAGAAUUCAUGAAUCGAUGCAAAUAUAAAUCUAUUGAAGGGGACUUAGUAUUACCAAUGUCAUGGCAACUGCAUUCUGUUCUCAGUGCUGAGAAUCUGUCAGACCAGUUUUCUGUUAUGAAUAUAAGGGAUGAUAGACAAGAAUCGAGUACUGGAUCAUUGAGGGAUAAUAUGAAGGCUGGAAGUGGAAUCAGUUCUAGUUCUAGACGGAGAAGGCGAGCAGGAACUGCUUGAUGGUUGUCGUAGAUAUGGAUAAUAUGUCAGUGUAAAGUACGUACAACUAGGUACACUCGAGGUGUAUAAUAGAUGGCCUAAUAUCAAGUUGUGGUGUGUAAUACUCCCUCCGUCCCGGAAUACUUGACCUGUUUUCCUUAUCGGGCCGUCCCUUAAUACUUGAACUGUUUCUAUAAAUGGAAACAUUCUAACAAUAUUAUAUUAUUUCUCACUUCACCCCUAUUAACCCACCUACCCCCUACUCCAUACAAAAAAUAAUUAAAAAUUCAACCCUUACUCUCCCCCAACCCCACCCUUUACACAUUUCCCACUAACUACAUUAAAAUAAUACCCCACUAUCAACUACUACCUAUUAAAUUAAAUAAGUCAAUUCAAGUCCCUUAAACUCUGUGCCGGUCAAACCGGAUCGAGUAUUCCGGGACGGAGGGAGUAUAAAGUAGGUAAAAAGUUAUGAAUAGUAUAGAAUAUGAAUAUACAAUUGUUGACUAAUUAAGUUGAUAAGAUAUUAACUUUACAUUUUCAUACGUGUCACACAUACGUUAUUAGUAACGUUUGUAAUAGAUUAGUAUAGGUUAUUAGAACAUAUAGGUGCACCCUCUCACAUUUU